ACGUUUUCUGCUUCUCUCUCUCUCUCUUAAACUUUACAGACAAGGCCUCUUUAAAACAAAGCCUAUACAUACACUGCAUGAAGAUACCUCUCACAGAAGAGUCAUAGACAAAGAAUUAAAUCAUAUCACAUCCACCUAUAAUUUAGACAAAGGCUUUGGUUUAGAAAUAAAAAAGACAAACCUUUGGCAUGUAGGUGACUUUGAUUCUCAUUGAGGCAAACACACAAACUUGUUUUUUUUUUUUUUAUAAUACAAAGUGCGAGAUUUCACUAAAAAAGGUUAAAAUUGAAGUGAGUAAUCUUCGGUGCAUAAUUCAGUUGUUAAUUUUAGCUCCUUGCGUGGGUGCCGCUCUGACUUGAACAGCCGGCUGUAGCCUUCAUUGGAGAAGAAGCCGGCAGCUUGGGACAGGUGGAGCUGGAGCAAGCUGGGAGAGGGAUUUGCUGGAAGCUGGUCAUUAGUGUUGUCGACCAUGUGUCAAACCGUGUAAGGAAACUGCCUGGAGAUGGACAUUCUGAACUGCUAAUGGGGACAUGGGACGGCGGUCACCUCUGAUCACUUGUGUGGAUUCUCCUGGGGCAGAACGACAGAAGCCGCCAGUCCAGACCUACAGCUGGAAUUCUGCGUGAAAGGGCCUAAAACCUCAUUGUUUCAAUUUGCAUCUGGGAGAAUGUCUGAGCAAGGAGAACUGAACCCACCCAUAGUGGAGGAAGGACGGACGGAGCCAGAGUCUGCACCAGAAAAUGGCAUCCUUAAAUCGGAAAGUCUGGAUGAAGAAGAGAAGCUGGAACUCCAGCGGCGACUGGCGGCUCAAAACCAAGAGAGAAGAAAAUCCAAGUCAGGAGCAGGCAAAGGGAAGUUGACCCGAAGCCUGGCUGUCUGCGAAGAGUCUUCAGCUAGACCUGGAGGGGACAGUCAUCAAGACCAGGAAUCUAUUCAUUUACAGCUUUCCAGUUUCCCCAGCCUGCAAGAGGAGGAUAAAUCUAGGAAGGAUGAUUCUGAGAGAGAAAAAGAAAAGGAUAAAAACAGAGAUAAAUCUGAGAAACCCAAGAUCAGAAUGCUAUCAAAAGACUGCAGCCAAGAGUACACGGAUUCCACCGGCAUAGACUUGCAUGAGUUCCUGAUUAACACUCUGAAGAACAACUCCAGGGACAGGAUGAUACUCUUGAAAAUGGAGCAGGAAAUGAUUGAUUUCAUUGGUGACAGCAAUAACCACUAUAAAAAGUUCCCGCAGAUGUCAUCGUAUCAGAGAAUGCUGGUCCAUCGGGUGGCAGCCUACUUCGGAUUGGACCACAACGUGGAUCAAACUGGAAAGUCUGUCAUCAUCAACAAGACGAGCAGCACAAGAGUUCAGUUUGCUCCCAGGAAAGCCUAUUUUUGGACAACAGUAGGCUCCAAGAAGGCGUUCACAUAUGCAAUGAGACCUAUAAGAAAAGACAACUCUUUCGGGGUAACAGAGACAGUUCUGGAAGAACUUCUGGGAGCCGACAGAGCAGCUCAGAGACCGAGCUCAGGUGGUCCGACCAGCAGCGGGCCUGGAGCAGCACAGAUUCUGACAGCUCCAACCGCAAUCUGAAGCCCACCAUGACCAAGACAGCAAGUUUUGGGGGCAUCACGGUGCUGACCAGGGGCGACAGCACAUCCAGUACCAGGAGUGCUGGGAAACUAUCCAAAACAGGUAGGUAUUGCUGAACGGGCCCCUGCCCUGGUGCUUCUUGGAUUCUACACAGGCCAUAUGCUCUCCAUUUCUCUUGACUUUGAAUUAACUAGUGGCAGGAUUAUGAAUUCCAUUCCAUUCUAGGAAUCAGAAGGUGUAUUUAAGUAGGUUACUGUGUCUUUCUAGCUAGCCACAAACGUUAAACACAUCAUUAAGCUUACUGCUUAAUUUCCUUACUGGUAACACAUGUUAUCACAGGAUGUUCUUGGAACCCAGUUCACUUAUUUAAAGUUUAAAUGACACCAUUUUUUAAAUGAUUACCUUAGCAAAUACAGAUGACAACCAUUUAACAAAAAUUAGCUACUGUUUUUAAAUGUAAUGCUAUGACAUACCCAUUGCAACCGCCUUGUAAGGUCAUUAUAAUAGUAAUAGAUUCAGUUCCUGUAUUAGCACACUGUUCCUCUGAUCCUGGACCUGCUAUUAUUUACACUAUAUGUACCUAUUUCCUCCUCUAAGGUAUAUAAAUGAUAACAUCCCCACAUUUAAUGGUUAUUAGGAAGACAAAAAGCUUCAAUAUAUGCAAAGCAAUUUGUGUAACUGGCAUGUUGCAAGUGCCCAAGUGCCCAAUCAGUGCUCAUUUACAUUUAUUAUGGCCAUGGGAUGUUUGUGUCCCUAAUUUGCAGAUGAGGAAGGCCAAUCUCUGGAAUGUUUAGUGUUUCCAAACUUCACUGAGAAGUGAAGGUAAUUUUUUUUGUUUGUUUCUUUAUGAUUUCUCCAUUAUUCUUCCUCUGGAGGAACAGUGAUAUUUUAAGAUAGACAACUUAAGGAACAUGCAAAGUGCUUUGGAAGUGAUGAUGAGUGACCUAGAAAAUUCACUUGAACCAUAGCUUUAGAAUGUGUAGAAUCACAAGUUGUUUCACUCCAGAAGAGCAGACUCUCAGCUGGGAAGACUGGCUUCAUCUGUGAAUUGCUUACUGUGCAAGCAUAAGAACUGGAAUUUGAUUCUCAGACCCAGCGAGUGGCCUGUGCUGGUAAUCUCAGCAGUGGGAAGAAAGAGACAGGUGGAUCCCUGGGGCUCAGUAGCUGGGCAGCCUAGCCUGCUUAGUGAGCUCCAGGACAGAGAUACUGUGUGUCAGGAAGAUGGCGGAUGAUGCCUGAGGAAUAAUAACAGAUAUUGAUUUCUGACUCUUACACUCAGUAAAAGAGGUUGUGUGUGUGUGUGUGUGUGUGUGUGUGCGCGCGCGCGCGCUCACUCGCAUGUACAUGCACAUGUGUGCAGGCACGAGGAUGGGGGGGAGGAGUACAGCACUGCCACCUGAACUGUCACUGGGAUUUGAACUGUGAUUCCAAAAGGCCCGAGGUACCAGGACUGGGGUCGAGGAGCUGAAUAUCUAGGCAGAGGAUGGAGAACCCCAGCUGAGACUUAGACAUUGCUGCCUUGCACUGACUGCUUUUCCAGGUUCAUGCUGAGCAGGAGAGAAGGAGUUUGCACAAAAUGUGGGUCCCUUAUGCUGAUAGUUUAGCGUAAUUACGUUGUUGACAAAUUCCUCCUAAGAAAUUAUCUCAUGUUUUCCUACAUAGAAGGCAAAUUAAUAGCGUUUGUUCAGAGCUGUUAGUAUAUACAUAUCAUGGUGUUCCUUGGAGAGCACAGGUGGGUGGGUGCCCUCUUCCUGAGAGCUCUGUUAAGCUCUUGAUUCCGACUCUAAUUAAUUGCCCUCCUAUCACACUAUCACAGCAUCUGAAAUCCACACAAACCACUGCGGUGCACUUGAACUUUGGUAAACUAUGAAAGGUUAAACAGUUUUAGUUCUUAAGAAGCAAAAAGCAAGUGCCUUAAAUGGUGCACUUAAAAAUUCCAGCACCCCAAAAGAGCUCUUACCAUUUUAAAAUUAAUCACCAUUUUCCACAAACCAAGCCCCUGUCACUUCCAAAGCGUAGCUCUUCGGAAGCAUUUAAGACACUUCAAGGAUGUUAAAGCACCACACUCUUUGGAGAACCAUUAGCGAUUAUAAGAGCUUCAGACAUUUUUUUUUUCUUCUUUCAGUUUAAGUGUCUGCCUUCGAAAGCUUGUCAAGGUGCAGGCAUGGGAAGGAGAAAGGGAUUUUUUUUUAAGGAGAUCAAGAGAGGAUGUCAAAACAAUCUUAAAACUUCCCAGGAUGGUUUGAUGAAGUAAACCUGCCAGUUUGGCUGUGAUCAGCUUCAGCACAGGUUUCCGAUGUAUUUUCUCAUUGUAGCAGAGCUGAAAACUUUUAAGGUCUUUCAGAGACCGAAUGUGCUUUCUGAAAAUGGGAUGUUGAAGUUGCUCUUCUCCUUGAGUAGGUUCCUGCUCUUUCUAGGUGAUAGACUUUUUCCAUGCUGGAGACAUCGUCCUGCAUCAGCACACAGCAAAUUACUGAGUGCAAACCGGGGGUCGCUGGAGGCUGGAGCUGUUUGCCAGAAGCCCAGCACGAGUCUACGGGGGUUGAGGAUGCUGCUGUCCCACUGACCCUGGGCACAUUCUUGUGAUGGCCCUUGCACUGCAGCCUUGUUGUCCCCUUGGGUUUAGCAGUAUGGUUGAGCUUAGGCAUACACUUCUCCUGGCUCUGCCUCUGACAGACCACACUCGUCGUCAUUCUCCCCCAUUGUUGAGUGCCACAGCAAUGGGUGUUCCCAGCUUCGGCAUAAUCCGAGACAGAAAGACUAGUUACAUCACAGGCAAAAAGCCUCCAAGGCUUUUGCGUCAGUAGGUGUCAAGGUGUCCAGUGGAGCCCAGCAAUUUGCCUUUUUAGCAAGUUUCCAGGUAACAGUUGAUGCAGCCAUCUGUACUUUGAAAUAACCUCUCUAUAGACAUAAGACAUGUUUUCACUUUUAUAAUUGGAGUGUCUGCAUGACUUUAUUUUCUGGAUGUCAUUCACUUUUGCUGCUGACUCCAUGUCAGCCUCCAAGAAUUGUUUCUGAUAUCCUUAUAUUAAUUUUAAUGGCCUACUUUUGGUUUUUCUAGUUCAAAUGCAAAAUACAUCAUCUUUCUACCACCUCCUCUUCUUUAUUUUGGUUACUCCAAGGAAGAGCCUGGGUAUUUUCUUUCUCCUAAUAAUCUUGGAAGUUUUAGAUAAUUCUGCUGAACUCUGACCCCCUUUGAAUCUAGAAAUAUUUUCUAGAGUUAUUAAUUAAGAAACAAGACUUUUGUGGCUU